AUGGAAUUAUCAACACUUCAUGAUGGACUGAGGCGAUGCACGGCCAAGGCCAUUUUGGAAACGCAUGCGAGGCGAUUUGAUGAGGAGACGGGUCGUUUGGGGGGCUUGGGAGUCGGGGAUGCAUCUACUGAGAUUCAGCGGCAUAGUGAACUGGGCGACUUUACGUGUCAGAUGUUUACUCGAAAAGACGUUACUGUUAUGCUAGCCACAGAAUUCGAUGUACUUGGUACGAUAUUGAGAACUGCACGAGACAUGCUAAUGCGGACUGUGGUAGAGGAGGGAGGAGUUUAUCGCGGAGUUGAUAUUACGCAUCCUAUCAUCAAGAAACACGAGCUCACGCAGUGUACUAUGGAUCUGCUCUAUGUGUUGGAUCACGACGAAGUUCAUGAAGUGAUAAUGCGAAAUGAGGGGAAGAUGAUGAAAGAGUAA